CGCUAUUGCUCACUUUUCCGGGUGGGAUCGCCUGCGCAGUAAGUCCGACGAGUAGUUGUGGCCCCCCAGGCCGUUAAUCGCGAGGCUGCGCACGCCGCGGGCGGUACAGUCCCGCGCGCCGCCUGGUCGUUACUGCGAGGCAGGUGGCUCUCAGGCCGGCGCAGGUCCGCCGUGGUCGUCGGACCCAAGGUCUGUGAGCAGCCACGAUGUCGAUCUUCACCCCCACCAACCAGAUCCGCCUAACCAAUGUGGCCGUGGUACGCAUGAAGCGCGCCGGGAAGCGUUUCGAAAUCGCCUGCUACAAAAACAAAGUCGUCGGCUGGCGGAGCGGCGUGGAAAAGGACCUUGAUGAAGUUCUGCAGACCCACUCGGUGUUUGUAAAUGUCUCUAAAGGUCAGGUUGCAAAGAAGGAAGAUCUCAUCAGUGCGUUUGGAACAGAUGACCAGACUGAAAUCUGUAAGCAGAUUUUGACUAAAGGGGAGGUCCAAGUAUCAGAUAAAGAACGGCACACACAGCUGGAGCAAAUGUUUAGGGACAUUGCAACUAUUGUAGCUGACAAAUGCGUGAACCCUGAAACAAAGAGACCAUACACUGUCAUCCUUAUCGAGAGAGCAAUGAAGGACAUCCACUAUUCAGUCAACACCAACAAGAGCACAAAACAGCAGGCUUUGGAAGUGAUAAAGCAGUUAAAGGAGAAAAUGAAGAUAGAACGUGCUCACAUGAGACUUCGGUUCAUUCUUCCAGUGAAUGAAGGGAAAAAGCUGAAAGAAAAACUCAAGCCACUGAUCAAGGUUAUAGAAAGUGAGGACUACAAUCAACAAUUAGAAAUUGUGUGUCUAAUUGACCCAGGCUGCUUCAGAGAAAUUGAUGACCUGAUACAAAAGGAGACAAAAGGCAAAGGUUCUUUGGAAGUGCUCAAUCUGAAAGAUGUGGAAGAAGGAGAUGAGAAAUUUGAAUGACAUUCAUCAGUCUCUUCUGCUUUGAAACACUAAAACGUUUUCAUUUCCCACUGUCCUGUUUUCUUUCUGUGGUCUGCCAAAUACUUGCUCAAAUUAAUUUGUUUUCUGCCUUUGUGUUAAACAAAAAAGACUUUGCUAAAUUAUAAUUGUGGUUAAUUUAGUUUUAUUUGUAAAUUGGAAUUUUAGGGGAAAAUGAAAAAUUAAAGACACAGAAGUCCAGAGAAGCAUUUUGCUGUCUCGUGCCACUGUAGCUUUCCAAGGUGAAAGUUAUUUGAGGCAGCUCUUGUGAAUAAAAAGUUAAGUUUUGUACAUUAUAAUAAGAGUAAUUUUGGAAGGAUAUGUCUGUAUAAUCAAAAGGGAGUAUUUGCUGAAAAAGAAAACAGUGCUUACUUCUACUUAAUGAAAUGCAUGUGUAGGGGUAACUAUAUCUUGGCCUGAUAUACAGCUUGGAUAAUGGCUUCCUAAUCAGCUGAGAAAUAUGACUGUGCAACACAAAUUUCAUUAAACAUGCUGCCAUAACAUAAAUUAUUCCUGGUUUUAAAAAGUCAUUUAUUUCUAAAAGUUUAUAAUAUAUGUUAAUAUAGUCAAAAUUAUGAAAUCAAUAAAGCCACUCUUUAUUGUUACUAAACUAUGGCUUGAGUUUCUGGACAGCUUCCUCACUUCCUUUUUUUCCCUUCUGCCUCUUACCUGGUCAAGUUGAGUUGUUAGCAGGAUUAAAUAAUCAGUAUGAGCAGUACUUAGAACAGUGCCUGUUCUGAUAAACACCUGCUAUAUCUUAGCAGAUAUUAUCGGAGAUAUAAUUGCAUUUAUUUUAGUAUUAACACUUAAAUGAACAUUGUGCAAGUUUUUUUUUAAAUCUACUCGUUCUCAAAAGAGAUAUUCUAUAAUGUAAAUUUAUGUUUCACUCAAAAUAAACAUAGAUGUGUUUUGUGGAAAUUUU